UCGCUUGUGACCUUUGGAGGAAUACCACGCGCCGGGCAGCGGUGUUUUCCCCGAGGACGCCUGCUUCUCCUCUGGGCCUUGACGUCGGAUCGGCCUCCUGGCUCGUGUCCGUCUACUUCUGAGCAGAUGAAUGAACCCUCAGCUUCGCGAGACGACACCCACUUCAACUUCCGACCGCACCUCUACACCUCAGCGCCUGCAAUUGUUGCCCAGUCAACAUCCAGUUGACUCCAGGAAAUCAAGAGUCACCAUGUUGCAGCCACGGAUCCCCUUGGCGGCUGUGCGCAGAAGCUUUCAGCUCCUGACGGUCAGCCAGCCGGCCUUGCGCGCGUACUCGUCCCGAAGCUCUACAGCCACGCCCGACAGCAGCGAGAGCCGCACCAAGUCAAACGCGAAUACAGGCCCGCAAGCGGCCAUUCUGCGGACCUACAAGCCACGAACUCCCGGUGUGCGGCAUCUUCGUCGCCCCAUCAACGACCAUCUCUGGAAAGGGCGCCCCUUCCUGCCCCUCACCAUCCCCAAGAAGGGCCAGGGCAAGGGCGGACGCAAUGUCUAUGGAAGGAUCACAGUACGGCAUCGCGGCGGCGGUGCGAAGCGGAGGAUACGGACUGUUGAUUUCGAGCGAUGGAGGCCGGGGCCCCAUCUUGUUGAGCGCAUCGAGUACGAUCCCGGUCGCAGCGCGCACAUCGCGCUCGUCACGGAACAAGCAACUAGCCGCAAGUCGUACAUCAUCGCUGCUGAAGGGCUGAGGGCCGGCGACGUGGUGCACAGCUACAGGUCGGGGAUCCCCCAAGACCUCUUGGACAGCAUGGGCGGCAUCAUCGACCCCGGUAUCUUGGCGGCGAAGACGGCGUUCCGCGGCAACUGCCUGCCAAUCCACUUGAUCCCCGUGGGCACGCAGGUGUUCUGCGUCGGAUCCGCGCCGAAGCGCGGCGCGGUGUUCUGCCGCAGCGCCGGGACAUCGGCGACCGUGGUCAACAAGAACGAGGAGACCAAGGACGACGGCACCAAGGUUAUGACGGGCAAGCACGUUGAGGUGCGACUGCAAAGCGGCGAGGUGCGGCGUGUGAGCAAGAAUGCGUGCGCAACCGUUGGCGUUGCUAGCAACGUCCACCAUCACUACAGGCAGCUGGGCAAGGCUGGUCGCAGCCGAUGGCUGGGCAUCCGGCCCACAGUCCGUGGUGUCGCCAUGAACAAAGUCGACCAUCCUCAUGGUGGUGGCCGAGGCAAGUCCAAGGGUAACCGCAAUCCUGUGACGCCUUGGGGCCGACCUGUAAGUCAAGUAUCAUGAGGCGGUAUGCUGGGCAGAGCUGACACGUGGGGCAGACCAAGAGCGGCUACAAGACGCGCCGGACGCACAACGUCAACAAGUGGGUCGUAACUCCACGACCUCGCAACCACGGCAAGCGGAGAGACAAGAGGUCGUCCAAGGAGUAGGGGACGGCUACGAAAAUGUACGCGUAGCCUGUGGGGAGUGAGAGACUGUGCGUUAGUGAAGCUCGGUGGCGGCUGCGGCGGGAGCGUUUCUUGUACACUACCAUGUGCCACUGUACCAUAUGUGAAAUACAUACAGCCAGAGCGGUGAUGACAAUGGCCAUCUACAGCACGCUGCGCACCU